AUGUACCGAGCAGCAAUAGUAGUAGCAGCGAUGACUUUACUCUCAGCGACCUUCGCACCUCUCUUCCAAGGGCCUGUUCGCCACCUCGGUCGUCGGUCCGUUCUGGCAUUAGCGAAACCAUCCGGCGUACAAGGGCGUUCGGUUGACACAAGUAUACUGUACGGCGGUAAGACCGAAGAAGGUAAUGUUUCGAUGUUUUCUCAACCGGAAGCUGCUUUGGAUAUGUCCUAUGACUCAAACCGUCCUGCGGUAUAUGGUGAUGAUUUUGUGGAUGCUGCAAGGCGAUCUCGACUGAGUCGUCUUAGCCGUCCUAGCAGCCGGGCGAAAGCUGACUUUCGUGAAACUGGCGAGCAGUUUGACUCCAGAGUUUACUCAGGUCUCUCGUCGAAGCCAUACCCUGGACACUAUCCAUCUGGACGCCGUUCCGUGCACGGCUCUAUGGGUGCAAAUAACCCCCAGGAUUAUUUCGUUCAGCAAUCCCGAAUGUACAAAGAGCGGCGUCGACCGCAGUCAUCAUAUGAUGCGAGGGCCAUGGAAAGAUUCCAAAGAGCUGGAGGACGAUACGGUUUCUACGAUGUUUAUGACGACGCGCACAGUAGCGUGUCGGAAGAAUCAGACUCUGAUGAUCCAGAGAGAGGAGACAGCGAGGAAGAGAUGAGGAAGUAUACUCGCAAGGGAAGAUUUGGCCCAGGAGACGCCGAUCCUUAUACGAUUGGCGAGGAGAUGUAUUAUUUUGGCGCAAUUCAUCUUGAUCAGAUGAAGAGUUUUAAGGCUCGUGUACGUUCGAUUCUCGUAAACGACCCACCGCCACCGGAAUAUCACAGACUCCCUCCGAUCGAGAAAGCAGCUUAUCUUUUUUAUGUGGCCGUAUACAAGAAACAGUACAACGAUAUGGGUGAUUUCCAUCGCAAGUUCAACCGCGAAUACUUCAAGUACAGUUGUGACGGCGACGCUGACAACAUAGCAUUGUGGAAGAUUUGCAAGUCUAUGCAAGAGGAGUAUCUCACUAGGAAGUUGGCUGAAUCGCAGAAAGCCUAUGAGGCUAGCCAGCGUCAGCUUUUCAGCGAUGAACGCGAAAGUGUAGACGGCAUGAGCGAGCGGGCUAGUAUGGAUGAAAAUCAUGAUGAUCGAACCUCGGACAUUCUGAGCAUUGAAUCAAGUCAACGGGCUCCACUCAAGCAUCGUGUGCCACAUGCAUUCGUCACAUUUGGUUAUGGUGGAAAAAUGGUCACCGUUCAUCCGGAUUUAUCUGUAUCCGUCGUACAGAUCGAUGAUGUCAAAGCUAUUCUCAAUGACCCUCAUACUAUGCGUCUAAUUGACACUGCCCAGACAUUCAAAGGCCCUCUCCUCAUUGGUCAGACACCGACGCACUCAGUUCGCCUGUACAUCGAACGCCAGAUUAAGCGUAUCAGGAGCUGCGAGGUGGCUUCGGAGAAUCCACGUGACAAUGACGUUAUUGAUUGCUUGCUGAUAUGGCAAUUGCUUGGCAUGAUUGUUCAACAACAAGGGCGGGUGACUGGUCCGGACAUAGCUCGCCUUUUGGUCGAAAUUGGAUCUGCUCCAUCUAAAGCUGUUACGCAGCAGUACCACUCGCAUCGGGAGAAGAGUAACACCCCUGCAGAUAGUACAUCCACGGCUAUCGCGAACGCGCGAAACUACGGAUGCGAUGCAAGAGCUUAUGAUCGCUUCACGGACUUGCUUCUUGGAGGGCAUAUCCUUGAAGCAAUCGAGAGUGCACUUCGAGAUGGACUUUACGCUGAUGCAAUGGUUGUUGCUAGGCGUUUGCUUGCGCAUGACCCAGCGAAGCUUGUUGAAAUUGAAGAACGAUUUUUGGCGACUAGGCCACAGUGCAAUCCUGUAGUAACACUUGUAUCGGUGGCUACUAAGAAGCACGUGCCCAUCCUUGUAAGUCAUUUGGCGUUCUGUCUUUUCGAGAGUGCUUCUUUAUUUGCGCUUUCACCUCAGAUGAACCCCACCGGUGACGAUUCUGGAUGUUGGCGCACUCAUGCUGCUAUUGUCCUGGCAAACCUUUCAUCUCAGGAGGCAAUGGAGUCUGUUUACGAUCUUGGAAAAGUCUUGGCUAAGCGCGACUAUAACAAUGCCGCUGAUUUCUGUUUUUUGGCGGUUGCCGUUUUGGCGGGAGUGAAUCCUUUCAAAACACUUGAAGCAAAUCCUGAUGAUGGAGUAUCACGUCAGCACAUCACUCUGAUUCAUGGUGGACUUCCAGACGACGAUUUCUCUCUCACUGACCUCCAUGCCACAGAAAUUUUCGAUUACGCUAUAAGGCUGUCGGACGUUAAUGCUUAUUCUCCGCUCAAUGAUUCAAUCGAAUAUCAGAGACGGCGCAUACAGUACGCUCAGCUCAUUGCAGAGUUUGGAGGCUUUGCAACUGAUGCAUUCAGAUACUGCAUGGAAAUAGCUCGUUCUAUCUGGAAUUACUACCAUUUGCUCAGUGUGCAGGAGCUGACGGAUCUUUGUGAUUUAGCUGAUAGGCUUAAAUUUGCUGCUUCCGCAAGUGACUAUGAGACGUCAUGGAUCACCAGUUUGCGUGCUAUGAUACAGCAGAGGAGACAGUAUCAGUCUGGUGAAAUGCCUCAGGUAGCUCCAGCAGCACUCCAGCAGCCCACUGCAACUGUUGGGCAAUCUCCGUACGACACUACACAAACCGGAUCACAGCAGCCCGAUCUAAACACCACAGACGACGCUGUCACUGCACCGGAGCCAGAGCUUCCAUCGUCGCGA